AUGGCACUCACCGAUGAGCAACGCAAAGCGAUUGCGCUGAAACGAGAGGAGGCGUUGAGGAGAGCGGCGAAAAUUAAGGAGAUGGAAUUGCUCACCGCCAGCUCUUCAUCUACCAAUUUCCCACCUCCAACUCGCCCUGUAUUCCGAUCACCUCCUCAAAACCGUCAACCAAUGAAAUCCACAUCAAACAGCAGUAUAAAGCAGACAACGAUGAACAAUUUUAUCACUCAGCCUCUAAAUCCGGCUCCGCCCACUUCCAACAUCAAACCAACGAUUGUCGUGAAACUGAAGCUAGAUGUGGAGGAUAGAGUCAAAAUAGAAUUCUACCCAUUCCACUCUGCAAUCGUUGAUCUUAUCAAACAAGUCCCCAGCCGGAACUACGACCCGAACAAAAAACUAUGGACAGUAUCUCUCAGUGAGCACUCAACGAUGAGCAAUCUUCUGAAGAAUGCGCAAUCGGUGAAAGUGGAAAUCGAGCCGAUUCCGAUGAAUAUUCUAGGAAUGAUGACGAGUUUCAAACCGAAACCCACACCGAGUGAUUUGACGAAAAUCAUGGAUCCAGAAUUGAUUAAACGGUUGUUCCCUUAUCAAAAAGAAGGUGUUACUUUCGCUUUGGAAAGGAAUGGAAGAAUUCUAUUGGCCGAUGAAAUGGGUCUAGGAAAAUCGGUUCAGGCAUUGACGAUUGCGCGAUAUUAUAAAGCCGACUGGCCGCUGCUCAUCGUCUGUCCAGCAUCUGUGAAAGGCGCCUGGAAGAAACAAAUCAACACUUUCUUCCCAAUAAUCCAUCGAAUCUUCAUUGUCGACAAGUCGUCAGAUCCCCUUCCCGAUGUUCGAACAUCGAAUACGGUAGCUAUCAUGAGCUAUGAGCAAAUGGUUUUGAAGGCUGACCUACUUAAACGAGAGAAAUACAGUACUAUCAUUUUCGAUGAGUCUCAUAUGUUGAAAGAUGGAAAGGCGAGACGAACGAAGGUGGCGACUGAUCUUGCGAAGAUCGCACUCCACGCCAUCCUCCUCUCUGGAACUCCCGCUCUGUCCCGUCCAUCGGAAUUAUUUACUCAAAUUCGAUUGAUUGAUCAUAAACUAUUUACGAAUUUUCAUGAAUUUGCGAUUCGAUAUUGUGAUGGAAAACAGGGAAGAUUCUGUUUCGAAGCGAAGGGUUGUACGAAUUCUGAAGAGUUGGCGGCGAUUAUGUUCAGAAGAUUCAUGAUUCGCAGAUUGAAGGCUGACGUGUUGAAGGAUCUUCCUGAGAAACGAAGAGAAGUCGUUUAUGUGUCGGGGCCUACGAUUGAUGCGAGAAUGGAUGAUUUGCAGAAGGCGAAAGCGGAUUAUGAGAAGAUUAAUUCUAUGUAA